AUGGCCAGCCGAUAUCGAUUCGGGAUUCGGUCCGGUGCGACUUCGCCGCGUCCGAAGUGCGCCGCGGCUGUGUGUGUCGCCCCCUCCCUAGGGCGGGCUCUGAGCGGCGACCAAUUGGGUCGGGCGGCGCGCGGCUCGCUAUCACUCGGCGCGCCGCGCCCGCUGCCGCCGCACGCUCCGCUGCCGCGUUCCGCGCCAGCCAUUACUAUGCCGCAGGGCUGCCAACCGCUUAUGCCACCGGGCAGCUGUGGCGAAUCCGCAGGUCCACACCGUCUUCGACUGGCA